UUAAAUAGCAAAGCUUUCAGCUCCUUUCUCCAGACCGGUGCUUGACUACACAGCGGCCAGACAUUGUACACAAGUCAACAUUUGGUGCCAAUUAUCUCAAAGACAGCAAUGGCGACCACCGUAGCAGCCAGCAACUUACUGCCCACCAUCCGCCUGGCUCUCCAUCUGGCCUAUAUCUUGACCCCUCGUCUGACUGGAGCCACAACGCGCUACAUGUCCUCGUCGGACUCCAACCCCUGGCCACCUAUGGCCACCGAGUUGUCUUCUCAUGCAUUGCUUUCAUCGCUGUUAUCCUCGUCGUCCCUGUCCUCGAAAGACUCCUCGUCUCCACUCUCUCCCGCAAUAGCAGUCGCCCCUAAAGACUUGACAUCCCCUUCCCCAGCUCCGCCCACUGACCUUCCCACAGCAUCAGCGACUUUGCCAGCGGAGGAUUCGUUCGCAGUCUCGAAACCUACCUCGGAGGUAAAGUCCAGUCGGCAGCCAGGAGUCUGCAAAAGGACCUGGUACGACUGUCGCGUCUGUUGCCGGGGAUGUAUACCAAUGCCAAGCAGUAUUUCCAAGAUGCCGGUCGCUCCCUCCCUAACGACAAACGUCACGUCCUGUUACGGUCCGUCUACCGCAAGGUGGAGCUGCCGUUCAUCCCGCAAGCCUUCAGCGUCCUGGUGCAGGACUACAGCGGGGACUCGUUGUUCCCAUUCCGCCAGCGGGUCCACACCUUCACAGUCGACCUUCCCCACCGAGCCAUCCGCAUGAAGGUCUGGAACUUCGCCUCGCCCCGGGUGGAGAAGAAGGCCUCGCAGGACCUGGAGUACUUCGUCAAGCUCCGCCGCAAGGAUCUGGUCUCGCAGGGAGCAUGUGACAUGUUCUGGCGCCGCUUGAACCGGAAGACCUUUGUGGGCAUCACCAGCAAGGAGUGCCUCGGCUAUGUUCACGGAGAGAAGGUUCGCAUCACCGUGUCCACAACGCUGACGUCACACCUGCUGCAGACCAAUGAGGGUUGGUAUCGUGCCGUGAUGGCCAGAAGUUGGUUGAAAUCGAUGUCCCGUACAACCUCAUCAGGACAAAGGGAUUUGCCGACACGAACCAAGGGAAGCAAAGUCCAGACGAAAUCUGUUGAUGACUCGGGGAGUCAGACCACAACGAGCUUCCCACAAACCCUACUCCCUCGCCAUAUUCCGCCGCCCCGCAGACACUACCCGGGAUGUCCAUGGGCAACAGUCUCCCGAGCAUUGAUGAGACCGAGACUCCGACCAAACAGACAGACAAGAAUAACAGAAAGACACACAGGCAGGGGAUGUCUGCACUAGAGGAUGAAGUGACGAAAGAAGAAGAGAAACGGGAAAAGGACAAGGAGUGGGUGUUGAAGGACUUUGACUCCAUCUCUGAGGCCCUAUACACGGGUCGUGUGGUCUUCUACAACAUAGAACUGACAGCCUGUGCCCUGCCGCCACAAAACAAGGUGGAAAGACUUUCUUUCGGAGACUUCAUUGACGAUUUUGAGAUAAGCCCUCGUGAUAAGAAACUGAAGAAGAAAGCUUUUGUAAGACUUUGGCAGACAAAGUACAUACAAGGCGAAGAAGGCAUGGAAGAACUUAUAAGGGAGAUAACUGUACUGAGUAAUGGCCGCGUCCAGGUUCGCCUCAUCCGCAAACAUUCGAGUUCAGAAAAAGUGGCAUGGGACCAUGUAGCUCAGUGUAAACUCUACGACCCGGAAAGUGGGCUGGGUGGUGUCAAGUUCACGACUCAGCCAUCAGCGGAAGUGCAGGAGAUAACGACCUACGGCAGACUGCGCGCCGCGCUCCGGCGAGGAAGACGUCAAGUGCGCAUGAUCCUCGACCUCGCGCAGUGUGAAGGCCGAACUCAUGGGAGCAAACCUCUCGUUGGCUUUACCGUGAGAGCUUACGACUACAUCAACAGCGGCAAGGCCAUCGAGAUAACUCGCCUGACGCAAGACGCCACCCAUCCAGGGCGGCAACUCUUCACCGGCCACUUUCUCCACAAUGGGGAGGUAAUUUUUAUCACAUCUCCGCAGCUGGCGUCCGCAGGAAGCACUGACUCGCAGUUACCUUUCCAGCAAAGGGACGCCACCCACAGGUGUGCUCUCACUUCCGGUGAUGUCAGACGAAACAGCUGGCCUUCCGGUGUUCGACUCUUCUACACGUAAAAUGAUGCAGCGACACCACAAGGGAAGAUAAACGAACUUUUAUUCUGAUCUGCUGUGCAACAGUCUGGACUAGGUUGUGACUUUGAAUGGAAAGAAAUAUGAGACUCAAAACCAGUUUACUUUUUUUUUUUUUAAAGAAAGAUGUUUAUUUGUGUAUGGUGCUUUUUUUGGUUUCAUUUAACGGUCUCUUUGCGAUAUAUUUAUAUAUGGAUGCUUACUUGUUGUUGCUUUUAAUAUGGUUGAGAUACUGACAAUGGAAGAAUGCCAAAGAUGGUGUAAGUCUGCUAAUAUUUGGAGAAAAUGUUUUGUGGUUUGACUGAGAGGGUAGAGGAUGUGUGAUAUAUACAAUGGUGCACCUUUAAGAAGUUGAAGAUAAAACUUAUUGGUAUGAACACGGCUUUUGCUUGCAGUAACAAGUGUGUGGCAGGGUAUGUUUCCAGGAAGAAGUCGGUCAUUUAUUUUCGCACCUGCUAAGUGAAUAAUAAAUGUCAUCACGCUUUGUAUUCUGUGAUUUUAUUUUUAAUAUUUUUGUUUGUUUUUAUUUUGAUAUUGACAAUGACCUGGUUAUUAUUAUGAUCAUUAUUUUUAUUAUCAUGUUGUCUUCUUGCUUUAUGAUUUCAUUUCGUUAACCUCUCUUUUCACUUAUAUCUGAUUUUGUCUUGAUUUUGUUCAUUAAAAAGAUCCGUGAAUGUUAUUUGCACACAUUCCAGGAUGUGAACAUUUUAGAAAAUAAUAUGUCUGUUAAAAAGUUAAUUUUGGACAUACAAAUUGAAAUCACUUUGAUCUUUUGUGAAGUCGAUACAAAUUGUGUAAAACUUUGUAAUAUUGCUAUUUAUUGAACUUUCAGAAGCACAUGUGAAUAAUUAAUCUUUAUAAAUAAGUGCAUCAAAGAUAUUGUUGUAGACAUAAGGAGUUUUAUAUGCACAAGGUAAAAUCUAUUGUUUGUCGAUACACUUGUUUAAGACUGAUUGUUCUUAUAUUUAAAUAUUGACACAUCAAUGUUAAUAGAAUGUUUUUAUUGUAAAGCUGAUGGUGUCAUCUAAUACGAGACAGCGCAAUUAGCUGUAAGGAGAAACAUGCCAUUAACAUGAGAUAUUUUGCGACAUUUAUUUUGAUAUUUAUUGCGGCUUUAAAGGACAGGAGAAUUUUGCUACACCAAUGAGCGAGAAUAAAAUGAUUGAAUGUA